UGCUCACAUGAGCCACUCUUGUCGUUGUGCGCUUGUGCCUCUAGUCUCUGUGUCUUUCAGGCAGAGAAUAGAAAAGUUAGGGCAAAGUCUGAGUCAGCUCCAGCAGCUACCAGACACUCACAGCAACUCCCUCCACAGUGACAGGUUUCUUCUCUCUUUUUUUCAUUCACUCUCUCUCUCUCUUUCACACACAGACACACACACACACACACACACACACACACAUACACACAUACACACACCACCCGUCACUCCUGGCAGAGAGAAGACUGGACCAUACGAGAACCGCUACACACCUUUACUUCUAGCUACUUACCCAGCCAUCGCCAGACGCUUUGCCCAGGAUGUGGACACUUCUCUUGGGGGUCACCUUUGGAUUACUGGCCUCCUACAGGUCCGAACAACCUCAAGUGCCUACAGUGAAUUCUCGCAGCUGCAGCUAUGCUGGGGUAUUUCUUGCUGAGGGAGCAGGCCGUCACUCCCUGAACUUUCACAUGGCUCUGGAGGUGUGCGAGCAGCUGCAGAGCAUCUUGGCGAGUCCAGAACAAGUCAAGAAGGCCUACAAUAAAAACAUGGAAACAUGCAGGUACGGCUGGACCAGUAAUAUGAGCUUUGCCAUCCUCAGACACAUGCCCCAUGAAAACUGUGCAAAGAACAAGACUGGCUUCAUUAUUAAUUCACAUGUAAAUGAGACAGAACUCUUUGAUGUCUACUGCUAUGAUGAAACAGCUGGGCCUGAGAAGGACUGUAACAACACAUUUAACCGUUUAGACCCAAAAGGACACUUACCCUCAGAUGCACCAGCAGAGGGCCAGGAAGAGACCACUCCGAAAACACAACAUGAGGAUGCUUCUGGUAGUGAGGGUGUUGACCCCACGAAAGCCAUCGAGGAAGGUACAGAAAUCACCCUGUCAUCUACCACCGCUCUCAGUCUGGAGGAGCCACAGGCUUCUACAGAGUUACCUCCUGGUGAAGAAACCCCCUUUGAAGGGAGUGAGAAUGGCACUGGGGCAUUUGACCAGCCCACUGGAUCUGGGAUGAUGCCACCUGAGGAGGAAGCAUCUCCAACUGUUGCAGAGCCAGAUGAAACACAACCUCCCACCGCAAAUGAGAAACUGAAAGGGAAAAUGGAUCCAGACGGAGAUGAUGCCAGGACAGAGUCUGCACAACAACAUCCUAAUGGCAAUGGUCAGGCCAUGAGUCCGGGUGUUUCUGAGCCUGAUCAACAGGAGAAGAGCAGCUCAUCAAACUGGCUUGUAAUCAUUGGAGUGAUUGUGGCAGUUGCUGCCAUUCUUCUCGUGUGUGCAGCUGUUGCCAAAAGAAAGAGCUGGUGCGGCAAACAUCAGACCCUGAUGAUCACAUCCAAAGACAGCGGCGAAGGGAACGGGGCUGCCGCAUCAGCAUCCAGCUCCCACGCCCAGGAGAGAGAGCAGGAAAUGGUGACCCUCAUGAACAAGGAGAAGAUCCAAGAAAACGGCAACACAGAGGAGUUCACCGUCAUCACGCUAGAGGAGUCGCCAGAGAAAGAACAGCUGGCGUGAGAGAGGAGAGUGUAGAGGCAGACAGGAAAAAGUAGGUGAGGACAUAGGGAGGGAUAAAGUGAGGAGAUUUGGUAGAUUGGACGGAUGGGGGGUUGGGGCUCCAUACAUUGGGGACAAAAACUGCUUUGGUGGUCAGCACUGGAUAGACACUGGGUAAGGGUUUAGUGUGUGUAAUUUAGAAAGAUUGUCUAACUGAGGUACAAAGUAUUGUAUUGGGUGUGAAACUGUUGCCUCUCAGUGGGGACUAGGUCAUUCAAUCCAACAUGUGCAGCAUUUUGUUUGUCUGGUGCACCAGGUUAGCUAGGACUGAAUGACAGUCAAAGAGUGUCAUGCAUGGCAGUGUAUUAUGCAUUGGUGCACAGCAGGUGUUUGAAUGUGUUUUGUGUCUUUGUGUUUUUGAGUUAUAUGCUUUGGUGAUGAUAUGGGGCUGGACAGACAUGGGUUUUAAAGGGAGGGGGUGAUGAAGUGAACACAUUGAUGACAAAUGAUUCUCUUUUUUGACAGAAGUGGUAGAUCCUAUGUUGAAGGGCAUUUCAGCCUAAAUAAGAAAAAAUAAAUCAGUAAUGAGAAUUGGGCUUUUUUUAGAGGUCCUACAGACAAAAUAAUAAUAAUUUGGAGCAAAACAACCUUUGGUGUUUUCCAUGUUUUCAUGUCUUUGUUUUUUAUUGCUUAUUGUUGUAACCUUGUGUAUAUUUCAGACAUUGCCUGUGGACUGGAGUUUGGUUUUUCCAAUUUGGGGGACUUUGCUACCUUAAUUUAUGCAGUUUGGAUUCCGCUUCUCUUGGUCUUUGUAUAUAAAGUAUAUGUUUUGGAAAUGCCUUAGCAAUAGCUGCUAGUGCUUUAUGUUUUUUGGUAGAAAGGGGCUUUGUAUCCCUUCUAAAUAAAGGAAUGUGUCAUGUUUUGAGAGUUAUUUAAUUAGAAAACAGAGGUAAACAAUUCAGUGAAUGGAUUUUGAAAUAGUUGAAAGUGGAGUGGAUAUUGUAUGAAUCAAUUGGAUGUAUAGUACAGUCAGUUAUGUUAAUAUGGUAUACCUUUAUAUUGGGUUGGGAAUAUGAUGCUAUUAAGUUCCUGGUGUUAUCCUGAGGAUAAGUAGAAUGAUAAAGAUAAUGUAUACAUAAUAUAUACACAGCAUGUGCAUUGAUUAAUAAAAAAAGAAAGAGUGAAAGAAUAAAUUGGAUAAAUCCAUCAUUUUCUGAUAGCGAGAUUUAAGCUCAACCAUGACAAGUGAUUGGCAGAGGCCUAGCUUUAGAGGCUUAACUACACAGCACAUGUGAUAAUGGGGGGCCCAUGUGCUGUGAAGACAUGCAAUGUAAAGGUUUCUUCAUAAGAAAGGGGCUGUGACAACGUUGUCCAUGUGCUUCGGAGGGGGAGUGGUUUGAUGAAUGAAGCUUGCGUGCCUGACUGCCUCAUUCCCUGUAAAUUUCACACAUGUAAACAAAGUGCUGCAAUUUUCCUAUUGACCUUAUCGUUGGUGAAAUAUAUCACACAUUAUGUCAAACCAAUAUUAAUUUCUGUGAGACAGCCAAUUCUUCCUGUUUUUCUGUAUCAGCUGCAAUGCAUUCAGCGUUUGCAAACUUUUUUUUUUUUUAUCUGACGUUUUUUUCUCUUUUUGACGAGAAGUAGCAAAUGUACUAGUAUAGGCAGGUUUUAUGACACAUUUACAAAAUAUGUUGCUGAAAAGAUUUGUAAAGCCAUGAAUGAAAAUAAAUGUGUAUAGAAAGA